AUGGGACACAGAAAUGGCACUGACAUGACUGAAUUUGUUCUCCUGGGAUUUGCUGGUCAACACAAGCUUUCACACAUCCUCUUUGUGGUAUUUCUCGUGAUCUAUGCAGCCACCUUGGUAGGGAAUAUUGGCAUGAUCCUGCUCAUCAAUCUCCAUUCCUCCAUGCACACUCUCAUAUACUUUUUCCUCCAGUAUUUGUCUUUCGUUGAUCUCUCUUAUUUCUCUGCCAUCACUCCUAAGAUGCUGCAGAAUUUUAUGACCACAAAACCAACCAUCUCCUUCACAGGAUGUGCAAUGCAAUUAUGUGUCUAUGGUACUUUUAUAACCAGUGACUGCUUCAUCCUAGCUGUGAUGGCUGUGGACCAUUACGUGGCCAUCUGUAACCCACUGCACUAUCCUGUCAUCAUGUCCCGGAGACUCUGCAUUCUGCUCCUGGUUGGUUCAUAUACUAUGGGCUUCCUAAAUGCUUCAGUAAACACAAGUUUUACUUUCUUAUCAAAUUUUUGCAAAUCCAGAAUUAAUCACUUUUUCUGUGAUGUACCGCCAAUUCUCGCCCUAUCGUGUUCUAGUAUCAACCCCAAUAUCAUGGUGCUGACAGUCUUUGUGGGCUUUAACUUGACUUUUUCUGUGUCCAUCAUCUUUUCCUAUACAUAUAUCCUGGCUGCCAUCCUGAGGAUGUCUUCUGCUGCAGGGAGGAGAAAAGCCUCCUCCACGUGUGCAUCCCACAUGACCACAGUCACUAUAUUCUAUGGAACAGUCUGUUAUAUGUAUGUACUUCAUGGGACCAACAGGUCUCAAGAGCAGGAGAAGGUGGCAUCUGUGGUCUAUGCUAUUAUAUGCCCAUGUUACAUCUACAGCCUAAGAAACCAAGAUGUGAUCAAAGCCCUAAAACACAUAGGAAACAAGUGUUUCUAG